CUUUGGUUUCGUGAGGUCGUGGAAGCUCCUCCUCCCAUUGCCCUCACCCGUGCUGCGCUAGCAGGUCCAGCUGUGAGAACUGUGACUCAUUAUUAAUUAGACUUGCUACACUUAUUCCAAAAUGAAGUUAGCUUGCUGUAUCUUGUUAUGCGCCGCGCUGGCUGUUACCGAAGCGGUGCCCCAAGGAAAUAUUCUUCGGGGCCGACGGGUUGGGGGGACGGCAAGACCCCGCGUAAGAGGCAACGUACCUGCAGCGGUGGCAGCUGCAGCGCCUGCAACAGGGGCAGCACCCGCAGCGGCCCCCGCCAAGCCCACCACCACCCCAAAGCCUGAGCCUCCGCGACCCAAGGGCCCGAGCUGCGCUGGCCAGGCCUGCGCGGACGGCUUCUCCAUGUUCCAGAACAAAUGUUAUAAAGUAAUUUCCUCACCGACGCCUCUCGAUUUCACCUCAUCUCAAAGAAAAUGUCAGCAGGAUAGCGCCGUGCUGGCGUCAGACAGCAGCGCUGCCGUGCACACCUUCCUCAAGUCGCUGCUCAAGCCUGUGCUCACCGAGAACAUCGACUCCAGAUACCGCCGCGCCUUUGUCGGUCUCAUGUGCCAGGAUCAGUGCGAUACUUCUUCCAACUGGGUCUUCGCUGACGGCACUAAGUGCGAGGGAAAUGGAUUCUGCGACUGGAGUUCAAGCGGCAACGAAUGGAACGCUGUCCCCACCGGCCUCCACGGUGCCUCCAUCGCCGCCAUCUUGGAUGACGCUUCCGACACUCAGUACCGCAACAAACUUCAGCCAUACCCUGCUGAUCACCAGCUCAUGUUUGCCGUCUGCCAGAGAUCUGCGGACAGCACCGACCACCUGAAGCCCCGCGGUCUGCAGGUCACAGAGCGUCUCGCUAACGUCGAGCUCGUCUGGAAGCGACCGCGCUGCGAUGGCGAUGUGUCCACAUACAUCUUCGUGCUACUGGGAGGCUCCACUUCAUACGAUACUGAGAUCAAGUGUUCUAAAGAGAGCUGCGUGUACGAGCUUAACCCCGCUGACUGCAACGACUGCAUCACCCCAAACGUAGAGUACACCUUCAGCAUCGCGCCUGUGCUCUCCAACGCCCAACUCGGACCUGCCAUCACCGUCAGCAAGAAGAUCGUGAGCAAGAUGAUCGGAGGCUCCCGGCAUUAA